AGCCAGUCACAUUGCUACAUGCUAAACAUGUGCUAAAUAAGAUGAUUGUAUGUGAACAACCGUCGAAAAAUGUUUAUCUACAACAGCGUAAUCACCGUUAACGCUGGAUCAUUUUCUUGCGAAAUUUCGGAUUGUGGCAAUUGUUGUGAUGAAACCGGACAGUUGAGUGUGUAGUUUCACGCGAAUUGUUACCCCACACGAAGUAACACUUAUUUAAUCGUUAUUGCGAAUACAAUUUACCCAGAAUGAGUAAGAAAAACGAAAAUCGUCUCAUCGAAAACCAAACAAAUGGUAGCAACCAUCUUCUGGAGGAAGAUAGGGUAACUGUCAUUGAUGGGGGCUUCUCUACACAAUUAAGUUGCCAUGUACAAGAUCCCAUCGAUGGUGACGUACUAUGGAGUGCCCGUUUUUUAUCAACAAACCCACAAGCUGUCAUCAAUACUCAUUUGGAUUUUCUCAGAGCGGGCGCUGAAGUUAUCAUCACAAACACAUAUCAGGCUAGCAUUAGUGGUUUUGUUGAACACUUAAAUUUAACUAAAGAACAAAGUUACGACCUUAUAAAAGAAGCUGUAAGUUUAGCCAAACAGGCAAGGUUCCUUUUUGAAGAGCAAUACUUUGAGGAUGCUUCAAGGCGACUGAGAAAACCGCUCAUUGCUGGUUCGGUUGGUCCUUAUGGGGCUUCCCUUCACGAUGGUUCUGAAUAUACAGGAUCUUACUCAACCACUACCUCGGUCGAAACCAUGGAGGAAUAUCAUCGACCACGAAUCGAAGCUCUCUUAGAAGGAGGUGUUGAUCUAUUAGCAAUGGAGACAAUACCUUGUAAAAAGGAAGCAGAGAUGCUAGUCAAACUACUUAAAGAAUAUCCUCAUAUUAAGGCGUGGUUGAGCUUCAGUUGCAGUCAAGAUGGAAAAUCAAUAUCAUGUGGUGAAGAUUUCCAAGAGGUUGUGAGGCAUUGCUAUGAUUUAAAUCCUGAUCAAUUAGUGGCUGUGGGUGCCAAUUGCUUGGCACCGCGUCUAGUAAAGUCUUUAUUUGAUGGAAUCAAUAACGAAAGGGAAAAUAAUCCAAUUCCAUUGAUCGUUUAUCCGAACAGCGGGGAAACAUACAACGUGGAAACUGGGUAUGAAAGGUGGCUUAACAGAGACAAAUGUGAACCACUGGACCUUUACGUAAAGGACUGGUUAAAUCUGGGAAUACGUUGGAUGGGUGGAUGCUGUCGUACCUACGCGGCGGACAUAAGCAGGAUAAAAAACGAAGUUUCUAAAUGGACACAUGUUCACAAAUCUAUCCAGAAUUAAAGAGCAUCUUCCACAAAAUAAUGUUGCCUUAUAUACAUACAUACAUGCAUGCGUGCUUUUUUAAUUUUAUUUUUAACUUUUCUAAGUACACAAAACAAAAAAGACUGACACAAAUCAGGCUGUUACCUUGAUUUAUAUGCAACUUUUCAAACCAUUUAAAUAAACGUUUUACUGCAAAAUAA